AUGCCCAGUGUUUACAUCAAUACCAUAUUUUCGGCAUUUGUAACCUUCACAUCACUUCCGGUCAAAGAAAACGCUGGCAACAUUCUAGGCGCAAGUGAGUGGAAUACUGGCUACUCCUCCACCGCGUCAGUGUACCCAAGCUAUGCACCCCUGCAACCUCCUUAUUAUAAACCAGACGCUGCCAUUCACAUACCUUCUGUUCUUCCGGAAAUUCCUUUGGGUCACACUGACUACACUGGUUUUCAAGGCGGUAACAGUUAUGUCAAAGGCAGUCCGAGUGGCACCGGGGGCAGUCUCACAGAUCUCAACAACAUGUCAACUCAACGCUACGACCCAAACUAUUACAACUCAUGGCCAAGCAACAGUUACAACUAUCAAUACAAUAACAUAAACAACAACCCGGCAUGCAUACAAUCCCAUACACCUUACAUCAACCCCAACCCUCAAAUGAUCCUUCCCAACCUCUAUUCCACAGUUAAUCAAAACCAAAUUCACGUACACUUACAUAGCUCUACUGAUAAAUACAAUCUAGAACAGUACAUACCGAGUGAAAUAAAAAUAAGUGAUAUAGACGGUGGUAUUUCCAUUACAACUGAACUCCCUGGUAGUGGGGAAGCCAGUGGCCUUGUGCAAACUUGCGAGAACGAUGACGUCAAACAUCAGCUUUAUGGCACUAAUCAAGAAGUGUGGCGACCAUAUUGA